AUGGAAUCCAUUGAACCACAAGCUGUUACUAGUCAUCAUGUCGUACAAUCAGAACAAGAAGCCUCUGAAGUCGUAGAAGCUCCUCUCAGCGAUUUCCCGGAGGGCAACCAGUCUCCCUCAUCCAAUGAUAUGGAUGAUAACCACUCCGAUGGCGACAACGUCAGUCUCACUUUGUACGAAGAGAGGCGUGCUCGAGCAGACCAGCAUCGAGACGAACAGUAUGAAGCCUGGCUUGCGACUAGGAACAAUUCAUUUUACCGAGACGCCGUCCGUCGUGCCGUCAACAAAGGCAUUCAAGAGGCCAACGAAUACCAAAUUCGACGGGUGGCCCUGGCGAUCAUGAAAGGCUCUGUAGGCGUUCAUUACUUCGGGGUGAUCAACCUGGCCUUACAUGCCCAUGAUGCGCUUGAGCAGCUCACUUUGUACAUUGAGCAAGAGGUUGGUGCUUAUCACGUUCCAUAUGUUCCAAAAGAAUGCAUGCUGACUUGGUUUGCAUCCUUUCCGCAAAUAGCCUGGUCAUCGCGAUGUGUUGAAAACUCGUGCGCGGAUGGCUUGGAUCCGUGCAACCAUCAAGCCUUAUUAGGUUAUCCUAAAGAUCAUCAAGGAUUAAGGAUGUCUCAAUCAGACCAUAUGUUGUGCAUGCGAUUUCUAAGGAUGUUAUGCCUAAUCUCCUGUGGUGUCAAAGCAUAUGAUUCAAUUGUGUUUGGUUAUUCAUGUAUCUUUGUGCCUCGUAAUGAUAACGGAUGGCUUCAACAGCUAUCGGUCACAUCAUCAAACUGCCGGUGCCCCUUGCAUUAA